AAUUCUCUUAUUCCCAUUUGUUGUCAUCAUUCUUUAUUCUUCACCUUUUCUUCUUGCCCUGUGCGUCGUCGACUGCUAGCGUCCGACGUCUAUCUUACCAUAUCGCUCCCCGCAGCCUCUCCUUAUCUCGCUACACAUCUCGCGCAUCUUGGACCUUUCCCUUGAAGUGGAAAUAUAGAAACGCAUAAAAUGUCAACCGACCAACCUGUCAUCAUUGAAUUCAAUCUCGGCCCCAUCUCUUGCCAUGCUUUUAAUCAUGAUCGCACUGAGCUCGCUGUAAGUUUCAACACCAAUGUGGUCAGUAUUUUCCGCAAGUCUGGUUCCGGCUGGACUCUUGCCUGGACCUUGGAGGAGCACGACAAACCCGUAACGUCAGUUGACUGGGCGCCAAAGUCUAACAGAAUUGUUACCUGCUCCCAAGACAGAAAUGCCUAUGUCUGGACCCUCGACCAGGCUUCGCAACAGUGGAAACCCACUUUAGUACUUUUACGCAUCAAUCGCGCUGCAACUUUUACUCGUUGGUCGCCUGAAGAGGACAAGUUUGCAGUUGCCUCGGGCUCGCGCUGCAUCAGUGUCUGUUACUUUGAGGAAGACAAUGAUUGGUGGGUUGGCAAGCACAUUAAGAAGCCAAUUCGUAGCACAGUUCUUAGCCUGGAUUGGCACCCGAACAAUGUGCUUCUCGCUGCUGGGUGUGCUGACAUGAAGGCUCGAGUUUUCUCUGCUUUCAUCAAAGGUGUUGAUAAAAAGCCUGCUCCUUCACCAUGGGGUGAGAAGCUUCCAUUCAAUACUGUCUGUGGGGAAUUUUCAAGUGGUACGGGAGGUUGGAUCCACGGUGUAGCCUUCUCACCCAGUGGUGAUUCCCUCGCAUUCACCGGCCAUGACUCGAGUAUCACGGUGGUUAGCCCUGCUACUGGUUCUGUGCAAACUAUCCGCGCCCCUUAUCUGCCAUAUGUGUCCGUUCUUUGGUUGAACGAAAACCAGAUUGUUGCUGCAGGACACGAUUGCGCUCCUCAUUUGUUUGAGAACAAGGGUCAGCAGUGGGCUUUCUCGGUCUCGUUGGAUUCUGCAGUCAAGAAGGCAGAUGUAGGUUUCACGGCCAGAGACACGUUCCGUCGCAUGGACAGCCGAGCUCAAUCGACCACCUCAAGCGACACUGAGAUCCACAGUCAUCAUCAAAACACCAUCAACUCUAUUCGGUUUUAUGCUGGAAGUCGCGAAAACCUGGAGCAGUACACGACCUCAGGUGUCGAUGGCAAGCUGAUCAUCUGGAAUACCAGCAAUAUCGCCAAUAUCCUCAGCAAUCUGCGUAUCUAAAAUGUUCAGUAAAAUGUCCAGGCAGGAUACGUAGUACGGUGAGAUUCAGCUUAUUGUAGUUCCCUGUGGUUCGCGUUUUUUUGUUUUAUCAUAUGGAGAGUAUGGGAACACAAUAAACUGAAGAUAUGAACAAAAA